GGACCAAUGUCUAAGAAAGCCAGCUUAGUGCAAGGAGCCACGGGGACAAAAAGAUAUUGUUGGACCACAGAACGGAAAGUAAAUCUGGGGACCCACCAGGUGUCCCAUUCGUUUUUGGUGAUACCAGAAUGCCCAGCCCCUCUACUUGGAAGAGACUUGUUGACUAAAGUUAAUGCUCAGAUCCAUUUUGACCCCGGGGGAAUGUCAGUCACGGAUGGACUUGGACAACCGAUACAUGUCUUGUCCCUAGCCUUAAGGGAUGAAUACAGACUUUUUGCGCCUAAGCCCUCAGAGACCAUAGCACUAGAUGUACAACCGUGGGUCCAUAAAUACCCAUUGGCCUGGGCAGAAACAGCAGGAAUGGGACUAGCUAAACAGAGACAUCCGGUCGUCAUCGAGCUAAAGGCCGAGGCAAUUCCUGUGAGGGUGAGACAGUACCCUAUGAGCCAAGAAGCUCGGCGGGGGAUCACUCCCCACAUUCGACGGCUCAUGGAGGCCGGAAUUCUCAGGCGAUGCCAAUCCCCUUGGAACACCCCCUUACUGCCGGUGAAGAAGCCAGGGGGGACGGAUUACAGACCUGUCCAAGACCUGCGAGAAGUCAACAAACGGGUGAGUGACAUACACCCAACUGUCCCUAACCCGUAUACUCUCCUGAGCAGUUUACUGCCUGAGUACACUUGGUACACUGUGCUGGACUUGAAGGAUGCCUUUUUCAGCCUACCCCUGGCAGUCCAGAGCCAGGAGAUAUUUGCCUUUGAGUGGACUGAGGGGGAAGGCCAACCGGUAGUACAAUUAACUUGGACCCGCCUCCCACAGGGGUUCAAGAACUCCCCUACCUUGUUUAAUGAGGCUCUGAGUGAGGACCUCUACGAAUAUCGGGCUUGCCACCCAGAGGUCAUUCUGCUACAAUAUGUAGAUGACCUUAUGUUGGCUGGAACCACAGAGGAAGCUUGCAGCCAUGCCACUGGGGACCUAUUACAAACCCUAGGCAUCUUGGGGUAUCGCGCUAGCGCAAAGAAGGCACAAAUAGCCCGGCAAGAGGUCACCUAUUUGGGGUAUAAGAUCAGACAGGGGCAAAGGUGGCUAACCCAGGCCAUGAAAGAAACAAUAUUGCAGAUACCAGAGCCCAAAAACCCUCGCCAGGUGAGAGAGUUCCUGGGGACUGUUGGAUAUUGCAGACUGUGGAUUAUGGGGUUUGCUGAGAAGGCCCGGCCCUUAUAUGAGGGAAGUAAAGAGACCCCAAAGUGGACUUGGACUGAGCCAAUGAAACAGGCUUUCCAGACACUCAGACGGGCCCUACUAGAAGCCCCAGCCCUUGCCCUGCCUAACCCAAAUAAGUCAUUCCAGCUGUUUGUAGAUGAAAAGCAAGGAAUAGGAAAGGGGGUCUUGACUCAACAAUGGGGACCAUGGAAGCGGCCGGUAGCAUACCUUUCGAAGCGAUUAGACCCGGUGGCCGCUGGGUGGCCCCCUUGCCUUCGCAUCAUUGCAGCUACAGCCCUCCUCGUCCACGACGCUGACGAGUUGACGUAUGGACAGCAACUCUCGGUUUACACCCCCCACGCAGUGGAAGGGGUUUUAAAGCAGCCGCCGGGUAAGUGGAUCUCCAAUGCCCGCUUGACACACUACCAGGCCUUGCUGCUCGAUGCCCCACGGGUGCGUUUUCAGACCCCUUGCUCCCUAAAUCCGGCCACGCUCCUACCCAACCCAGAGAAGGACAGCCCUCUCCAUGAUUGCAGUGAGAUACUGGCUGAGGCCCUGGCGGCACGAAGAGACUUAACUGAUGUACCCCUAAGCAACAGUGAGCUAGUAUGGUUCACCGAUGGGAGCAGUUAUGUAAAAGAUGGGCAAAGGAAGGCGGGAGCCGCCAUAGUUGAUGAUUCAGGGCGGACGAUAUGGGCUGAGACACUACCCCCAAACACUUCUGCACAAAAAGCAGAAUUGAUUGCCCUAAUACAGGCUCUGGAGCAAGCCAAAGGGAAGAGAGUCACCAUUUUUACUGACAGCCGAUAUGCUUUCAGCACUGCCCAUAUUCAAGGUCCCAUAUACCAAGAAAGGGGAUUUCGGACAGCUGAGGGAAAAGAGGUCAAAAAUCUGCCUGAGAUUCGCAGGCUCUUGGAAGCUGUCCAACUACCCCGGGCAGUAGCUAUAGUACAUGUCCCCGGUCACCAGAAGGGAGAAGACCCUAAGGCGCGAGGCAAUCGUGCUGCUGAUGCGGCCGCUCGAGAAGCGGCUAGCCGGGACUAUGCCGCCCCCAUAUUAGCCGUGGGCCUUCCACCCCCUGGUAUGGGGACCUUGCCACCAGUUCCCGAAUAUUCCCUCCCUGAUCUCGCCUGGAUCAACAAGGAUACCACCCUCCAGAAAGAUGACCAAGAUGGAUGGUACCGAGACCAAAACAACAACCUGAUCUUGCCUGCCACCCUGGGUCGUCACCUGUGUGAACACCUGCACACAACUACGCACUUGGGAGAAAAAAAGACCCUAACACUUCUCCAGAUGGCCUGCCUGAGGUUCCCUCGACAAAAUGCAACUGUACGAGAGAUAAUUCAAGCCUGCGAAGCGUGCCAGCUGAUGAGGGCAGAGAAGAAGCAGCACUCGGGAACGAGGUCGACGGGAUUGGACCCUGGGUUCACUGCAAUCACGUGCGGCAAGCUACAUCGGAAGAACAGGAAAAAGCGCGAGCAGAAUGGAAGGCGAGUCCUCACCCGUCAAAUCCUUUGAAACUGAAACUCGUCCGCUGGGAGGCCUCCUAAUUCUCCUGCUGAUAGCAGCUCUCAUCGACCCAGGAGCGACCAGUCAUAACCCCCAUCAACCUGCUAAGAUCACAUGGAAACUCAACGACGGGCAAACUCAUG